AUGAGCAGCCUAGCCCUUGCCGCAAACCUCAAUUACGCGGAUAGCAUCCACGCUUUGAGCUUCGGCAAUGUCAAGACCGAAGGCGAGUCUGGUGGCGUCGUCUGGUUGAACGUUACCGGCUUUGCCGUGGACAAGCUUCCCCAUAUCCAACAGGACAUUGGCGUGCAAACAAUGGAUAACAUCGAGGCUCUCAAGACCAUUGCGGGCCUUGCAAGCGUUGCCGCUAAGCAGGCCAAGUGGGGAGACCUUGUGUACUUAUACAACGUCUUCGCCAUGAAUGGUCAUGCCCCUUACGCCGAUGCGUCUAGCUCUGAGAUGCAAGAAGGCCUGCUCUCUGCUGUCACCAAGCCAGACAAGUCAGGAGUCGACUCGGAGCUUAUUGCCCUGUACAUCAAGACAUCUUCUUCCCCCCUCCUGGUCAAGGCUUUCGAGGCUCUUCAUACCACUCCUGUCCCCUCUCGCACUCACAAGAGAUGGGAUAGCAUCUAUUGCGAUAGUGCCCACAAGGCUGUCGCCUCAGUUUGCCGCUCCUUGGUCGACAGCAUCCAUUUCAACGUUUCUGUUAAGUCAGGCGGCCCUCGAAACAUCUGCAAAGGUGGUUGCUGUAUCAGCUGGAGCGCCAAUGCGACCUUCCAGAUCGAAAACUUAUACCCUGCUGCCAAUUACUGUCUCAGCUACUGCCAUACCGCCAACAUUAGCUGUGAAGUGUAUGGAGUAGAGCUUAAAGGAACUAUUCUCGAUCAGUGCUUGAGUAACCGAGCCAACGGCUGCACCUAG